AUGAACAAGCUAAAAGAGCAAAAAAGGCAAAAAAAGCAAAAAAGACAAAGAAGGCAAAAAAAGGCAAAAGAAGCAAAGGCGGCAAGAAUAGCAAAAGUAACAAAAGUAGCAAAGGUAAUAAAAGUGGCAAAAGUGGCAAAGGGAGCAAAAGAGGCAAGAAAGGCAAAAAGGGCAAAAGAGGAAAAAAAGACAAAAAAAGGAAAAAGAGAUGGGUGCAAAUUCAGUUGUCAAAGGGGAAAAGACGAAAAGUGGUGUAAAAUCCUGGAAAAAAAAGGAAAAAACCCAAGUAGUUAG